AUGGAUCUCCCCCCACUGAUCUCCGCCAGCGAGAUCCCCAGGGUCCGCGAGGACGAGCUGGAGAGCAAGUCGGGGAGCGAGAACGCCGAGUGCAACUCCGGCGACGAGGAGGAGGCCGGCCGGCACCCCAAGAAGAAGAGAUACCACCGCCACACUCAGCACCAGAUUCAAGUUAUGGAAUCGUAAGGACACCAGCUCGACAUCCCCCAGAAAUGUCCCACAUUAAUAGCACUACGCUACUAGCACAUUAUUCUUUCUUCACUUUUGCUUCUCCUGUUGGGUUGUCCGAUCUGUUGUUUAGGAUCUCUCAUCAUUUCCAUCCUCCGCAGCAUCUUGGGAGUGAGAGAACUGACCGUCGUAAACUACUUUUAAGAUGUUACCACCCAUCAUGAGAAAAAAUGAUUCUGCAAGUUCAGUCAGUUGACUUUGGACUUGCCAAAUAUCUAUUUUCGGACUUUGGUCGUGUGGGAUAAUGUCGCAGACUCUGUUGAGGUUCUUCUGUUGAUUGUUUAUGACAUGUCUCCAUGCCAUGGCUAUCUUGGACAGAAGGCUCAAGUCCGAGAAAAACACGAAUGCAAACUAGUUCGAUUCUCAAAAGCCCUUCGGAAGUUUGUUGUGAACCAAGAUACUCCAUUUUAGGGUUUACCUCUCAUAUUGUGAGAUAAAGUUGAUUAUCUAACCUCCCUCGCUUGACGUUCAAAGUGUAGAGAAUUUGGAAGUGAACCCAUUAUCGCUAAUUUGCACACUUUAAUUUUAAAAAUGGAUCAUGUUAUAUUACGUAUACCCUUUUUAGGGUUUCUUGAUCUCUGAAUGCUACUCCGGCUUUUCUUGCACAGCUUUUUCAAGGAGUGUCCCCAUCCAGAUGACAAGCAGAGGAAGGAACUUAGCAGGGAGUUGGGGUUGGAACCCCUCCAAAUCAAGUUCUGGUUCCAGAACAAGCGAACCCAGAUGAAGGUUAGAAAUUAAAAAUGCGGCAUUCACGCCUAGAUGACAAAAAAAAGGGGAUUUCCGAGGUCUGGAAUUUUGAACUCGUAUGAAUGCAUGCAUUAACAAUUAUUUUAUAGAAUAAGAAAUAUUGACUUGCAUAGUUUCCCUUAUAUUUAGAAUGGUAGUUUUUUUUCCCCUAAAAUGAGAUAUGAGCAAACUUUACGGCUCAAUAAUGACACAUCUUACCAAGAAUAACGUCCUGCGAGUCUCAGUUAUCUCUUUCUAGCUCUAGUUCAUUGGUCCAUCCAUAUGCCCUUGCCUCUCUUAUUCACCUUCAUUUGCCGUAUAUCUCUACAGACACAGCACGAGCGCCACGAGAACCAGCAACUGAGGAACGAGAACGACAAGCUCCGAGCUGAGAACAUCAGAUACAGAGAGGCCUUGAGCAACACCUCCUGUCCCAACUGCGGCGGCCAGACCACCCCUGGCGAGAUGUCCUUCGACGAGCAGCAGCUGAGGAUCGAGAAUGUCCGCCUAAGGGAAGAGGUAACUUUCUUUCUACCUCUAUCGUCCCCUCCGACAGCUAGAAAAAUCUAACGUUAAAUGAGAGAAAAAUAAAGAAUAAUCUUCUGCUUCACUCAUUUCAAAUUUACUUUGAAGGAGAUUGGUGGAUUCUUUCACAUUCGAUGCCAUCCUUCGGCUUAUCAUGCCUGAUUUCUGCUUACUUAUAGGUUAAAGUCUGCAAUACCUUGUUAAUCCGAGAGGAUUACAAUAAUUGUCCCACAUUACGAGAUAACAUAGUAUUUAAUUAACAUAGGCGAUUAAUUUCACUCUUUGCCUCUUAAUUUUUAAUGUAAGCCCCGUGCAUGAUGAUCCAUUCUCUCUCUCUCUCUAUCUAUAUCUUUACUCUCUCUCUCUCUCUCUCUCUCUCUCUACAGAUCGAUAGGAUGUCCUCCAUAGCGGCGAAGUACAUAGGCAGGCCACCAGGUUCCAACCCGUUCCUCCCUUCUCCGCUCACACCUGAGACCUUCGACAUGUACGGUCCUGGAGAUAUCCUUCGAGGCCCCGCGGGGCUCUCCUCCGGCGAGGUCAACUUGGACAAACCGAUGGUGAUCCAACUUGCUGUUAGUGCAAUGGAGGAGCUCAUGAGGGUGGCUAGGGUAGGCCAGCCGCUGUGGAUUCCCUCCCUCGACGGCAAUACAGAGGUGAUGAAUGAGGAGGAGUACCUCAGAGGCUUCUCCAGGGGUGUCGCGUCCACCAACUUCGGCUUGAAAGCAGAAGCUUCUCGUGAGACUGCCAUUGUCAUCAUGAAUAACGCCAACCUUGUUGAGAUGCUCAUGGACGUGGUAAGUGGCUCCUCUUCCUCAUCUCUAGCUGCGCUUUCCUCAGGAACAUUGAUCUCUCUCUAACUGCCACUCUCUAUCUAUAUCCGUCUGUCUUGGUUAGAAUAAAUGGUCAAUGAUCUUCUCAAGCAUCGUGUCAAGGGCUGCAACUUUAGAAGUAUUGUCAACAGGUGUGGCUGGGAGCUACAACGGUGCCUUACAAGUGGUAUGCAUUCAAAUCUUUCUGCUCCCUCUUUCAAGAAGGAAAUCAAGUAUAUAAUAACAACAUUUUCGGUAAUCAAACAAUAUUAAAUUAAGUGACCUAUCCUUUUUAUGGUUGUUUCUUUCAUUCCCCCGGAUGAUAUACACUGUACAAAUAAAAUCGUCCUGAAGUCACUUCCCGUUAUUUUAAGGUUAGAUUGUGCGUUCCUGGCAUACUCCAUAUAUUUUACGUCAAGUCAUUAACAUACAGCAGCUUUAUAAUUUAAUGAGUCAUUGUGUCUCCGCAGUAGAGCAUACUCAAAGCUUCAUUUGUUAUUAAUUAUUUUCAAAUUAGAUAAGUUAACUUUAUGAAAUGAGCGUCACAGAGUGAUAAAAUGCAUCAGCUUUCUUCGAAACUUGCCCGGGUACGUUUAUGUGGCAGAGCCGUCUAGGAGUUGACCAAAAUGUGAAAACAUGUGAAAUCAAUCCCAUAUCGACUAAAAGCAAACAUCUUAUUGAUUUCUUUUCCAGUUCCAUAAUUAUUUGACAUAGAGCAUCAUACAGUCAUGAAAAUGGGACAGUUUUUUUCUUUCAUUGACUCAAUUUGCCGACUGACUUGAUUGAUAAUUUCAUCUGCAUGAUAGAUCACCCAAUUCGGCAUCCAAAUGAUAGCUCAUCCUUAAAAGUGCUACAAUUUGAAAUGUAAAAUUGAAAUAGCUUGGUAAAAUAUACAGGGCUGAUCGCCUCAUCGCCAAUAAUCAUUAAGAAAAUGAUCCUCAUUUUAUUGGUCAGUCUGCAAUGGUUACACAUUGAAUUUAUAGGUCUUUUGCACUAUUAAAAUUACGGCAAUACACCCAAUUUCCAUUUAUUGAUGUAAUUUGACGUACUCUUUCCCCAUCUUUAUUUUCCAAGUGCCAUUGUCAUUGAUAACUUAAACUUUGACGUGCUAGUCAGUGUCAGAACAAUCACACCAUGAAUGGGAGAUUUUAAAACUGCGGUAAAAAAUAUAAGAAGGGUUGUACUCUAUCCGUUGUUAAUUAGAUUCGUAUACCCUUGGAAACACCCCUACUUUCGUCGUAUUUCAAAUCAAUGAGACUAUGGACUAUACAAUCAUGUCUGGCUACUUUUCGAGGAGAGAAUGUUCUGACUCAUGAUGUUGCGCUCUCAGAUGACGGCAGAAUUCCAAGUGCCCACUCCACUCGUCCCUACAAGGGACAGCCAGUUCGUGAGGUACUGCAAACAGCAUGAAGAUGGAACAUGGGCUGUGGUCGACGUCUCCGUGGAUAACCUGCAACCGGGCCCUCUGUUAAGAUGCCGUAGAAGGCCAUCAGGAUGCCUUAUACAGGAAAUGCCAAAUGGCUACUCUAAGGUGAAAAUCUACCUUUGCUGGGUACAUUUUUUCAAACAGACAAUCUUCUAAUCGGUUUUUUCCACAGGUGACUUGGGUUGAGCACGUUGAAGCGGAUGAUAGAGCUGUUCAUAGGAUAUACAAGUCGCUGGUUAACUCUGGGCUUGCCUUCGGAGCCAAGCGUUGGGUCUCUGUUUUGGAUCGGCAAUGUGAGAGACUAGCAAGCGUCAUGGCCAGUAGUUUUCCCUCCGGGGAAGUCAGCGGUAAGUAUCAAUCCAUCGUUUCUCGAAGAUCGGCCUUUAUAUUCUCAAGAAAUCAUAGGUUUUAUGAUUUCACUGAAGUGUUGGUGGCAGACCCUCAAAUUCCCAACAAACGCAAUACUCUCAGAAAUUCGGGCCUUGGUAUCUCAUAAACUUUUUCAGCCAUUUUUUAUCAGAUUCUCGAUGAUCCUUUCUUCUUUUGAGGAUUCGUCGAACUCCCAUUCUGUUCAUGAAGCCUUGAAUCAAGAAGAUUCACCUUCAUAAAAUCCCGAAUUUAAAUUCUCACCAAUUAUAUCAACCAGGUUUCAAAGGAAUAAAGAUCUUCCACUGUUUCAGAAACCCGGCUCAAAAUUCUCAUGAAUUCAUCAGUUAUUUUACUAAUUGGAUUUACCUCCAGACCCUGCUUUUCAUUCAAAAACAUCCUAUUCUGUUCGUGAAAAAACCCAUUUUAAAUUUCCAUAUGAUUCUCACCUAUCACCGAUAAGAAGAUCUCUGGUUCAUAAAGAUCGCAGUUUUUAUAAACCAGACCCAUGAGUUUUGUAGUAGAUUCUUCGCAGUUAUCGUAAUUGGCCUUUCCUCCGCGUGCUGCUUUGUCUCGACCGUGCAGUCAUAACAACUCAGGACGGGAGGAGGAGCAUGUUGAAGUUGGCGGAAAGGAUGGUAAUAAGCUUCUGCUCCGGCGUCGGAGCUUCCAUAGCCCACCAGUGGACUACUCUGUCAGGAACCUGCGGGGACGACGUCAGAGUCAUGACCAGGAAGAGUGUCGACGACCCUGGGAGACCCCUGGGCAUCGUUCUCAGUGCCGCCACUUCUUUCUGGCUUCCAGUCCCCCCCCAGAAGGUCUUCGAUUUUCUCCGGGAUGAGAACACCCGCAGCGAGGUAUUUAAUCUGAUUUGUGGAAUCAUGCUUUCGGCUUUGUUCUCACGCAAAAAGAAGCAUUCGCUGGGUUUUUUUCAACAUAUAUAUUUUUUCCGAAGUUGUGCUCUUAAAAUGGAAUCAGAAAUUUAAGAUCUUCUAAUUAUUUGGGAUUCCUCAAGGGCAGUAGACGCGCCGUUGAUUUCCUCUCUUCCAGCAGUUGUCAUCUUAGCCAGCGACUGCUUCACAGUGUUGGGCAGUGGCUUCUUUUUCUGUUAAAUGGAUUCCGUAGUGGCGUUCAUGACCAAACCAGCUCUGUAACACAUUCCUUCACUUUGUUAGAAAAAUAUGUUGCAUACUACAUAAACGUACAAAACCAUCUUCUGGUCAUGACCAUUCGCAUUAUCUGGUAAUUCAGAUUAUAAUCCAUUAACUAUGUUAGGUUCCACUUUAUGUUCUACGUCUGCAUCUUCAUGUUACUUCUCAAUCUCCUCAACGGCAUCUCCAACACGCAUUGGGUCUGGAUCAUUACCAUGAACAAACACCAUAUAAUUCAGUAAAAAGAAUUGCAUUGUCUUUGCUAUUGAUAAAUCACUAAUUAGGGUUUUUUCCCUCACUAAAUUUUUCCUGUCUGGAUGCCGCUCCACUAUAUUAUUUUGUAUCAAUUCUUGAUUUUCAUUUCAACUCAAAUCCAAGGAAAAAGUUAACUUUCUUCUCACCUCAUUCACUGAUUUUAUCGUACAUCUGAAUAAGCUCAACUAACCCCGAAGUUCUUCAUCUAAAGAAUACGCAUAUUCCCUUGUUCCUAAAAACCUGAGGAAUUACAUAAGUAUAAACAGCUAGGUCCCGAGAAUAACUUGCUGCUUCAGAUACCAGCUUCAUCUUUUGGUCUUAAGUGAUCAAAAAGAUGUUGGUUUGGUAUUAUCAUCAUAUGCAUAAUGUGUGAUACGUCAUUGUAAAAAUCUCAUGAUAGAAAUAAUAUCCAACAAACAUCUGGCCCAAAGAUUAUCAGCAUUUGUUGAGUAAAGACUGAUAAUAUUAAUAAUACUACCAAUAAAUAUUACCCACAUUAUAAAAAUUGAAUUUUGUUUAUUUUUUCAAUAGUUGCCAUUUUUGUCUAUUUUUUAUGGAGUCGUGAUCAUUAUAAAUUCUAGAUUUUAACUUCAGCUUCCUCUAGGAGAGCAACAGUUCUGAUUCGGGGAGUCAAGUCUUAGUAUUCAUUUUAAGAAAAAAAAAAUAUUUCUCUAGUAUUGUCAAAAAAUAUAUGAAACGAAACAAAUAACAUUCAAUCGAUUUAUUGAAAUAGUGUAAUAAAAACUAUUCAAGGAAUCUAACAUCAUUAGAUUGUGAUCGUUGUUCUAUCAUCCUUCUUUCUUGUUGGCAUGAUAAAAAUCACCAUGGAGGUUUGAAAGUUUGUUGAGGACAUAUCAAGUUAAAUGAUAUUGAAAGUUUUCCCCAUCAAAUUCGUCACAAGACAUUGAAAUUUUGAGUGCCCUAAAUGAAAUUUAAGACAUUUUCAGGAAGCUUCCGACGAGUCAGUCAAUACCCUGGCUUUCAUAAUCAGACCAAACCAUUGAUAUUCUCAUUUGUAGAUUGUUUUUUAACACAUUUUGGAUGAUUGAACAAUUCUAGAACUAUGGUUUGCCCAUGCACAUACAGUAUAACAUUAUCACACAUUAACUAUGUUUAUGAGAUAACCAGCACUUUCAAGCUCAAUCUUCAUGUUACUUACCAUAGUUAUAAAUAACGCUUCCUACAUUCAUUGGUGCAUGCUUGUCUUUGUCAUGGGCAUGCUAGAAGUGAAAGAAGCACUAUGCAAUUUUUUGCAUAGAUUAUGAUUUUAUCUAUGAACUAAUAAUGAACAAUGUUGGAUAUAUAGAGACAACCCCAAACCAAAUGUUCUUCCAAAUGUAUCUGAUGUUUUUUUUAACUCUUGUUAUCAUACAGAACCUGUGAUUCUUCCAGGCUCAUGAUUUGAUCUAUUCAAUGGCAGUGGGACAUACUCUCUAAUGGCGGUGAAGUACAGGAGAUGGCUCACAUUGCCAAUGGUCGUGAUGAAGGCAACUCUGUCUCACUUCUCCGAGUCAACGUAUAAAGAAGCCCGUCUUCUUCUACCUCAAGAAAGCCCUAAAUUCUUGAUCGAUUUUUUUUUCUUACAAAUUUGAAUUUUUUCCAUUCAUGGGUGGGUUUGCAGAGUGUGAAUUCGAACCAGAGCAACAUGCUGAUCCUCCAAGAGAGUUGCACUGACCCCAGCGGCUCUUACGUCAUCUACGCCCCCGUUGACCUUGUUUCCAUGAACGUUGUGCUGAAUGGCGGAGAUCCGGACUACGUGGCGCUGCUUCCGUCGGGGUUCGCCAUACUACCAGAAGGCCCACAGGGUAUAGAGAAUGGUGGUGCAGGUUCGCUGCUGACGGUGGCGUUCCAGAUUCUGGUGGACUCGCAGCCUAACGCAAAGCUGUCGCUGGGCUCCGUUGCAACUGUCGACAGCCUCAUCGCCUGCACAAUUGAGAGGAUUAAAGGCAGUGUUCUGGGCGACCUCGCCCAGUAA